AUGCCUUCCAUCGAUCUCCUCUCUGUUUCCCGUCAUUUUACCCUCGCCGAAUCAGCACAUCCCGCAAACGGCCCGAUGCUAUCUCCGGCAGAGUAUGCAACCCGCUGCGCAUCCAUCAACGCGCGCUACGACGAGAAGCUACGACAGUGCCAAGCCUCUUUCCUCGCCUUCAAGAUCGCGGCCACCCGUGACAUCAGCAUGAACAUCCCCGCAGGUUUGCAGCGCAUGACCCAGCUCAACUUCAAGGAGGACUCGGAGGUGCUCAAGAUUGAGUUUGAUCGGGAGGAGGAGCUGCGCGAGCUAAACAAGGCGGCAGGGUACGGUGAGUCCUCCAAACACCAUGGGCUCACAAUAGGUCAGGCGCCCAGCAUGGCUCAGCCCCCACAAACGAGCCACAACAAGAGCGCUAGCGAACGUGCGGUCGCCGUCGGCGCUCUCGCUGGCAUUGCACGCGGGCUCCUCCAUCCCGAGGACCAGAGGACUCGCCAGGAGAUCGACUUCUGGGUCGCCAAGUUCGAGGCUGCCAAUGGAUCCUAA